CUCAAUUUGAAACGCCUGAGCUGGAUGUACUUCUGGGAAGUACCUGCUUUCCUGAGGAGGUGGUGAUGCAAAUACUGGAUGAAACAUCGGAGAAUGACAAUAAUCUGGAAAUGCUCGAGUCUGGGCUCUCAAUGCAAUUUCCUUAUGAGGUUCUGCAUUCAAUAUCCGUAGUUGAGCAUAUUAGUUCAGAGUACUUUGGGGUCCAAAAUACGUAUUCCUCAGAUGAUUAUAUGUCUCUUCCAAAUCCGCCGAAAUCAGGUCAAAGAAAAUUUACGAUUCUGGAAGUUGAUGAGGAAAGUCUGGGAAUUUCGACAAUCUCAUGUAUGGAGGAAAACGUGGGUUCAUAUUUUGAUGACAUUGGACCUCAACAAAUGGAUGAAACACUUCCUGUCAUUGAGCCCAAGGAGAUUUUGGGUGGUAUGAACUAUAACAUUAUGAACUUUUUUUCAGAUGACUGUCUAUCACAGCAGAGUGUAGUAUUACCUGACAUACUUCACGAAACAGACUUUAUUAAUAUGUUGGAAACCGAAAACUUUCAUUGGAAUCCUUCCCUGACAGGGAAAUCACAGUCAGAUAUGAUUACUUUCCAGGAAAUCCUGUUUACUGAUGAGAAUUCGAUUCAGAUACUUGAAAGCUUUUUUAACACAAAGUUGAUGGAUGAUCCGGUAACAAGUGAAUUUAUGUUUCAGAAAGAUUUUAAUUUCAAGAAUCUUGAUGAAUUGAUUAUUAUUAAUGAGAUAGCACUAGUGGAUGAUGUAUUCAAGCCACUGCCUGUACCUGCUCUCUCUGAUCAUGGAAAGAUGAGAUCUCUGUAUGUAUUCAUUGAAGAAAGGCUUUCCAAUUUGAAGACUCAACCCCAAUCUGCAUCUGACAGUAUAUACUUGGACUGGGAUUUACUGGAAGAAAAAAGAAAUUUCAAUCUCUAUCACUAUUUUCAGAACAUGUGGGCCAAGAAAGAGCUCAACAUCAGAGUCUUUGGGGAAGAAUCUUUCAAUGACGAAAAAUUAGUUUUUGAUCUUGUUUCUCUGAGUGAUGUCCUGGAUGGAUGCUGCAUAGAACAAAGUGAAAGGUUGCAGAAGUUGCUUUCUGAUCGUGCCUAUCAGUCUGAGAAUCAUACCUUAUGGGAUUCAAGCAAUCAAUUGGAUGGUGGAUCUCCCAAGCAAGAAAUUGGAGAACAGUUAGCUGAAAGAAAUGCUGAGAGGGCUUCAUUGUUGUUCAAAUCUACAUCAGAAGUCAGCCAUCUUGAUUAUUUUUUAAACCCUCAGAAAGCAACUGCAAGGAGGAAUUGUAGCUUAGCAGUGGAGUCUAGCGAUGCAGAUGGUGGUGUCUUAAAGGCUACCUGCACUGACUUUAAGCAUACGUGUAGGAACAAUACUUUACAAUCUCAAGGAUGGAACAUUGAUUUCCACAAUGUUCUGUUAUCUGAUAGCAUUCUAGUUUUACUUGGGAAUUUUGAAAAAUUUUACUGGGCCGUUUUGCAGAGUGAAACAGAACUGAACCAAAACUCAUCCAUGGAUCAUUUUCAAUUGAUUAAACUUCCAAAACACAAGCUUAUGGAAUUACAUGAAAAUGGCAAAAAUAUGGCAUUUGUUGUGUUAUGUGCAAUAAAACAGGCUGCUUGGUACUUGUGUUUCUAUGGCCUGCGUCCAGCUAGCUUGUACAUAGACGAGUUAUGUCAAAGCUUGGACUACUUGAAAUUAAGAUUUAGCUUCCUCCAAUCCUUGAUUGAGGAUGAAAACAAGAAGAUUGGUGACAAAAUUACUCUAGCACAUCCUGCACUAGCUGUUUUUGACAAAAUUUUGCGGUCAAACAUCAAACAGGAUGGUUUGAAAGUGUUGAUUGUGACUGAAGAAGUUUUCUGGUGGUCACUGAAAUGUCUUCUUAUCUCCAUAGGAUUAUCAUUUAAUGAACUCCAUAAUACUCAUGCAAAUCAGCCAUCUGCUUAUGACACGGUUGAGGACACCGAUUCAAAAUUGAAGAACCUUGUGAAUUCCAGCUGCUUGAUUGUAUCAUACAAGCAUAUUUCUCCAUUCUUCCCAUUCAACAAAUUUGGCAUUAUUUUGGAAUAUGGAGGUCCAUUUGGUUCGUCUAGAAUAUCUAAUCUGUUACCAAACUCUACUGGGUUGCCUCAUCUUCACUUUCUCAAGGUGGAGCUGGAUGUCCAUUCUGCUGUCAAAGCACUUUGUGAGGGCGUUGAAAUUCCGCUGCCUGCUGAAAUGUCAAUGGAAGAUGGGACCCAUAGUAUCAUCAACCCCAGCAAAAGAAUGAUGGAUCCCAAACUGGAAAAGCUAUUGAAGUUUUGUCCUUUGGAGAAAAACUAUGGUAUAGGGUUUUCAAAGAAGGCAGAUAAUGUAGAGUGUUCCGUGCCUCCGCUUUCUUCUGGGCAGCCUGAACAAAGUCAUAAAAACAUGGAGUCUUUACCUGAAACACUUAUCAUUGUGAAUACUCAAAAUGUUGAUAAAGAAAUGAUAGCGUCCAGAAGAAGCACCUAUCAAGCAAUUCUUGCAAUGGAGAAACGAGGCAUUCAAGUUGUUGAACGUGAUUUAGAUUUACCAGUGGAUGUCAUUAUCAAUUCAGCAAUUUGCUUGGUAUGGUAUGAUUAUAAAAACAUUGGGAAGAAAGCAACUCCAGCAACUGAAGCUUCUUCUACCUUGCCUUUAUGUACUCAAAAUAUUGCAGCAGAUAUUUUGACACUGAUAAGCUUUUCCUUUGAUGGCUGCUUUUUGGUUUUUGAGGGAGAAAUUAACUUUAUUUCAACCAUAAUGGAAUCCUCAGAUGGACUUUAUGCUGCUUCAGCAAGCCUGGGGAUUGAUUUGCAGAUCUUCUUCUCUUACUCACCAGAGUUCACAAAUGAAAUUAUAAUAAGCUGCAUCAAUUAUGCUACCAAGUUGACUAGGGGGGCCACACUAACCGAGAUUCUUGGGUGGUCGCAUGAGCACAGGAUAAAUGUUUUGGAAAGAUAUCAUGUUCCUGAAGAAAGCGUUGCGCUAUUUGGCGCUCUCUGCAAAUAUGGGGAGCGGGAGGAUUCAAAGUCCAUAAUGACAGAUUGCUCCUCUUCUGUAUCUUCUGGCCCAGAUUCAGAUAAAUAUCACUUGAAUCAAGUCGAUUAUGAAAGAAAAAGGAAAAAGCACGCAGAGAGUUCUGAAGAAUUCGGACCAUUUUCAGAUGAAUUAUUGCAGUUUGAGCCACUACAUCAAGAAGCUGAUGGUUUCUUGGAUUCUUCUAAUCUUUCCAAACCUAGUAUCCCUGAUCAAUCAAAUUAUUCUGGAAGAUCCAAUGACUCGACAAGGCAAGGGUUCAAUAUGACCACUCCAAUGAAAACCCCAGCCAGAGCAUCCCAGCCAUCUUGUGAUCCUUGGAGCUAUAAAGCUCCCCUAAUAUUGGAGCAGAAACAACAGCCAUCUUUUUCUUUUAAAGAUGAAGGGUUGAUUCCUAAUGAUACAUUGGAUACUGCUAGGAUGAGCAAAAAUUUGACCUGGCAAGGCCUUAAUUUUUCCGAGAAGCUGGAUGAGGACAUUACAGGCGAGGUUGUUGACUUUACUGAGGAUCUCCUACUAAAUAAAAAAUUCUCUUUCAUUGCUAACUCGAGGAAUUUUCCUGGUGGCGACUUCAUGAACUCUCCAGAUUUCCUGCCUCAGACAGAGAAUAAUAUUGUGAGAAGAUUGUCCUUUGAUCAGAUGACUCAGCCUGGAUCUCUCCUCUUGAUGCCAAGUACCGUGGAAAGAAUUCUGAUGUGGAUUUGA